GAGCUCACUUACAGACUUACAGAGCUCACUUACAGACUUACAGAGCUCACUUACAGACUUAAAGAGCUCACUUACAGACUUACAGAGCUCACUUACAGACUUACAGAGCUCACUUACAGGCUUACAGAGCUCACUUACAGACUUACAGAGCUCACUUACAGACUUACAGAGCUCACUUACAGCCUAUUUCUUUUACAGAGACCCUUGAAGAGAAAGAGAGGAGGAGAUAGAAAGUUUUAUUCACAGUUUUGUAUUGUAACAAACGGGGAAAGAGGUUGAGAUUCCUUUCUAUUAGUUUAUAUCACUGACAGAUAGUAGCCUUGUACCUUAAGAGAGAUAGACAGAGAGACACAUAAGAUGUCUUGUACAGACAGCGACUAUUUUGUUAAGAAGGCAAAUACAUGUUGCAAGAAGUGUAAGAAGGGGGAACGCUGGAAGUUUGAUUGCACCAGAGACAGAGAGACUGGCUGUGAGCCCUGCAACAGUGGAGAGUUCAUGGACCAGGAGAACACCAGCAAAACCUGCCGGGCCUGCAACACCUGCCAUCCCAGCAGUAAUUUGAGGAUAGUCUCUGUUUGCACCAGGUUCCGUAAUGCCCAGUGCGAAUGUGAAACUGGUUUUUACUGCUCCCAUAAAACCAAUAAUGGGUGUGAUUACUGUAAUCCUGUUCAACAAUGCCAACAGGGAGAGGGGGUGGUUCAACUGGCCACACCCUGGUCCGAUACUGAAUGCGUCUCCUGCAAACCAGGCACUUUCUCAAACGUGACUGACUCAGAAACACCCUGCCGUAGCCAUACUAACUGCACAGAGAUUGGACAGAUGUUGCAAAUAGCUGGGAGCAGCAUUACAGAUUCAGUUUGUAUCGGGAAACCCAGCCCCCCUCCCAGCCCCCCUCCCAGCCCCAAAGAUCUCUGUUGGGUUUUGCCUGCCUCUCUCUGGGCUGGUUUUGCCAUUUCUGCCGCGGCGUUUACAGUCCUUUUCAUAUUGUGUUACCGGAGAAAGGAGACCAGAGUUAUUCAAAGAAGACAAUCAACUGCAUGUAUGGACAAGGUCGUGUUUUUGACUGGGGGAGGUAAUGAGUAUGUGUGUGAGGAGGUGUGUUCACACUUGCUACCAUUCGGACUGAAUGUGCGAGAGACAGACCCUGAAGGAGCCUCGUGCAAAACACUCAUUCGAGACGGUGCAGAGAAUCUUUCUGAUAACUGGUUUCCAGUUUCGAGGAGCCUGGACUGCCUCACACCAGUUAAGGAGAAUACAUUUAACUGGAAUUGCUUGUCCUUAAAGGAUUUACAAAAGACAGAAGCUGGUGUCUCACCAGAAUUGGUCCUCCUACCAGAGACAACAAUUCCUCUGCAGCAGGGGUUCCCAGACCAGACUAAAGAAUUACCCAUGAGCCUCCAUAGCGACAAGGGCAGUUUGGGAAAUUACCUUAAUCUCACAUCAAACAAUAAUCUAAAUCUCCGGCAGCAGUUUACAAUCUGUGACCCCUCAGUGACCUCUGACAUCGAGGUCGAUGGCCUGACCCUGCCCACAGUCACCGCCUCUGAGUGCUUCGGUGCAGGACAAUCAGAGAUCCAAAUCGUUGUGAGUCCGCCUCUGAGUGACAAGCACCGGUCUCAGAUAGGAAAUGACACCACAGAAGCCGGGUCGAGCCCUGGGCUAAUCACAGAAGGGGCCGCACAGUUUGGGAAAGCCAGUUCCUGUCCUGGGAGACUGGGGUGUAAUUCUGAGCCCCAGGAAAAUGAGUGGACCGGUUAGGAAUUCCAACUGAAAACAGGGGCUACCAUCCUUGAGUGCAGGGGCGUCCUGAAAUUCACUGCAGCACCGCGCAGAUAUCACUGUCUGACGAAGACAGUAGGCCAAAUGCUUGUCUGCUUGACUUUCUUAUAGUUCCACAGAGUUUAUUGUUCAGUGUUGUUUUUGCAACAUAUUUAAAAAAAAUUAAGAUACUGUAAAUGCGUCAAAACAAACCUUUUAAAUCGUCCAAUGACAGACUUGAAUAGAGACAGUGGCACUAUACAGGAAUGCAGACAGACAGUGGCUUUACAAAGGUUUUGUAUUAUACUUAAGGGCAAUAGUAUCUCAAGUAUAGGACAGCUACAAUGGGAUGAGACUGUUUUAAUAACAUUAAUCUGUGAAAGAAUGUAGUGAACUAACAGACACAAAGAAGGAAUUAUAUUGUAGUGGCAAACUGAACAGGAUUGUGGGACACUGUGUUUGUCUGCAGUUUAAUGAAACUAAACUCUGAAAGAACGUAGUAAACUAUGAAGUUUUACAGUCUGCAGCUUUUAAUAUUAAAAUUAACAAAAGGGUGUCAUGAAGUGGACUUAAGUGAUAUUGCCUUAUUCAACAGUGCAUGCUGAAGAGUUAUCUUACACUGUCUCGCAAUGAUAUUCAAUGUAAUACUCAGCUGCAUCAAAAGCAAAGCAGGCACUGUCUUCACAGCUUGUUUCCAUUCCCUUGGGUAGUUUUAGCUGCCGACAGGCAGGCAGGCAGGCAGGCAGGCAGGCACGUACGCUUCCUCCCUCCUUGAGGCUUUCUGUCAGUCUCAUGUGAACUAAACAGACAGACAGACAGACAGACUACCAGACAGACAGACACACAGGUAGACAGGCAGGCAGACAGACAGGCAGACAGACAGACAGUCAGACAGAAAGACAGACUAACAGACAGACAGACAGACAGGCAGACAGACAGACAGACAGACUAACAGACACACAGACAGACAGACAGACACACAGACACACAGACAGACAGACAGACAAACAGACAGACACACAGACAGACAGACAGACAGACAGACACACAGACACACAGACAGACAGACAGACAGACAGACAGACAGACAGACAGACAGACAGACAGAGAGACAGUCGUGGUUCUGCUAAUACCUGCAGCAGCCGGGGGUAUGAUAGCAGUGCCAUGCUGUGGAAACUCUGAUUCAGCUCAGGGAAGCAAAAGGGACAAGAAAAGAAAAGGAAAGGGAUCUUCAAACUAUAUUUCAGCUCACAAGUCUCAAUCAAUUGAGUCCGCUGCAUACACCAAAUAGGGAGUAUGAUCAUUAAGUAGUAAAUGUUAGUAACAUUUUGUUUUUUAAAUUGUCAAACAUCCUGGUAUAUUUUCUAUAUGUUGAGGUAGGACCGUAGAAGUAGGUAGGUAGAUCAAACAUCUUUCAAAUUAAAACUUCAGCACCUGGAAUUUGUGAUAAAAAUGGCCUUGUCUCCAAAGCAACACUGAUAGUGUGGGGCCCUGGGAUAUCUGAAUAUCACUGCUUGCUGAGAUUAAUAUACUGUGCUAUAUUCUCAUUCUCUUUUCUGUUUUUAUACCAUGUUAUUUUUUGUUAGUUUUUAU